AUGACUGGGAUGGUCGGGAAUAAGAUAGCUUCCUCUCCUUCAGAAAAAACUCUCAAGACAAAACCACCACUUUACUCAGAAUCCACAGCACCAAAGAGAACUCAAAAGCAAAGAGCGUAUGAAGCAAUCCUCGAUCAAGAGGAAAUCCAAACAGCGUGA